CCGCCCCUGGCUCAAGCCUGGCCUUUCCACAUCUCCCGGACAUCCACCCCACUGAGGCGGGCGCCCGUCCAGCUCAGCUCUCUAGGAAGGCAGGUGGCAAGUGCGCCGUGGAGCCUCCUCCCUCUUCUGCCCUCUGCGCCUUCUCCGCGCUCUCCCCAGCUGGCCUUGACCUCUUCUGCUCCCUGCCCUUCCCCAGCAGGGGUGGCACCACCAUGGGAAGCAGAGUCCUCCAGCACUUCUGCCCCACAGCAUCAGGUCCGAGGGUGCUGGAGUCGCCCACCUGUGCACGUGGGGCCCAGAGCAGGAGCCGCCUGCUCCCAUUUCCAGCCUCAUUUCCUGGCUAGUCCCCGCCUCCCCCAGGUUCCAGCUGCUUCUGGGGAGCCAGGACCUGGAUUUCUUCCUCCUGCCCCAGCAGAGAGGACAGUGGUGGAUAAGCGGCAACCUCCAUUUCACCCCCCUCUGUGUCUGCCAGCUUCUGGGGUGGGCAGGGAGAGUAACAGGGUACCCCUCGCUCCCCAUUAAAAAUACAGACUCUGAAAGGGGACAGAAAGUGGGUGCGGUAAUUGCCAUGAAGCCAGUCCGGAGGGCGUGCUGCGAUGCACCAGCCCCAUGACAGAGGCCUGCUCUGGCCGGGCAGUUCGCCUGGCAGCAGGUUGGACAUUGCAGAGCGAGGUCCUGAGGCGAGAGGUGGGCACCUGGCUCCUGACCUGCACCUGCAUCUGCGCCUGGGUCGGCUUGGGCGUCUCUGUCCCAGGGGACAGAGGAGGUAAGGACUGGCUGUGGGGGGGGGGCUGUGGGGGCAGAGCUGGGGACAGGGGUGCCCCCGUCAGGCUCCACGGGGAAGGGUUGGGUUUGGGCUGUGCGGGACCUGUCUUCCUGAGAUCAGCCGGGGCUUCAGCCCCACCCAGGUUGCACGCUCAGAGCCCAUCCCCUCGGGGUCUCCCAGCCUUGCCCGCGGUAACUUCUCCUGGGCUCGUUCUCUGGGGCCUGCCUGUCCGAGGGGUCAGCUGCCACACCCUCCCCCUCCCCCAGCCCUGCCCUGAAGCAGCCACUGUGGGCUUGCAAGGGUCACUGUUCCCAGGGCCUGGGACUUUCACGUGCCACACCAACAACAUCCUCAGGAUUGACUGCCACUGGUCUGCCCCAGAGCUGGGCCAGGGGGCCGGCCCCUGGCUGCUCUUCACCAGCAACCACGCUCCAGGCAGCAAGCACAGGUGCGUCUUCCGGGCCAGCGUGUGCACAGUGGAGCUGCCACCCGAGGAGGUGCUCGUGCCUUCUGACAACUUCACCAUCACCUUCCACCGUCACGUCUCUGGGAAGGAGCAGGUCAGCCUGGUGGAUCCACAGUACCUGCCCCGGAGACAUGAGGCUGGAGGAAGUCACUGCUGUCUUGUCCCACCUGGGGCUUCUCUGGACCAGUUUUCCAGUGAGGCCUCUGCUCUGAGAAGGCCUUGGCCACGUGCCCCAUCCUUCCCAGGAAUCUUUGCGAUCCCCAGUCCUGGGCGUGCUGGCCCGCACACCGUUACACAGCUUCAUUCUGUUUCAGUGAAGCUGGACCCUCCCUCAGACUUGCUGAGCAACAUCACUUCUGACCACUGUGUCCUGACCUGGAGCAUCAAUCCUGCCUUGGAGCCACUGGCCUCACUCCUCAGCUACGAGCUGGCCUUCAAGAGGCAGGAGGAGACCUGGGAGCGGGCUCGGCACAAGGAUCACAUUGUUGGGGUGACCUGGCUGAAACUUGAAGCCACUGAAUUGGACCCUGGUUCCACCUAUGAGGCCCGGCUGCGUGUCCAGAUGGCCACACCAGAGGACGCGGUGGCGGAGGAGGAGCGCUAUGAGGGCCCAUGGAGUGACUGGAGCCAGCCCGCCCGCUUCCACUCCCCCCAGAGACAAGGUACUGGAAGGAUCUCGGACCCUGGUGAUCUUAUGGAUGGGAAAGGCAAGGCCCAGGGGUGCGUGAUUCACCCAGAGUACUCUCGGAGGCGCGACAUAAACCUUCCAUUUUGGCCUGAGGCGCCCAUCCAGGUGCUUUUGCCAGGUGAGUUUGGAGGAACACAGCCCUGGGCCCUUCCUGCUAUAGGUCUCCUGGUCCCAGCUUUGGGGCAGCGCGACAGCACCCUGGUCUCUGUGUCCAUCUUUCUCCUGCUGACCAGCCUGACCUACCUGCUGUUCAAGCUGUCACCCAGGAUGAAGACAGCCUUGUACCAGGACGUGCCGUCCCCAGGCCCGUUCUUCCAGUCCCUGUACAGUGUGCACAACGGGGACUUUCAGACCUGGAUAGGGGCCCACAGAGCUGGUCCAGAGCCAAGCCCGGACUGCACAGGCCCCGCACGAGGAGCCUGGGAGACCCGUGUCCGGGAGGCCAUCGCUUUGCUCACCUAUGACCCGGUGGAUGUGGGGCCGUUAGCGGGCCUGGAGGAGGAGGGGAGCACUGGCACUGGCCUCCCAGCAGAUGCGCUGCCCGCAGGAUGUGUGGAGGAGGGGGGGCCGCUGCCCGCCUACCUGCCACAGGAGGCCUGGGCCCCCGCAGGCCCUACCAGGCUGGCUCCCCCGCAGUCCCAGGGCAGCAGCAGCGACUACUGUGCCCUGGGCUGCUCCAGGUGGGGCUGCCCCUCCACCUUCACAGGAAGCGCGCAGAGCUCUGAGCCCGACGCUGCCUUGGCCUGUGGCCCUUUCUGUGACCAGCAGAGCCUGGAUGCCCGGCCAGGAGGUAACUGUGCAGGCGUUGGUCACAGUCAGAGGCAGGACGCUGGUGGAUGGGCCGCAUGAGGCUCUCCUGCUCUCGGCAGACCGUGGGCUCCAUCCCCACAGUGCUGCAGCACGUCCAUCCUGGGGAACAUGAAGCAAAGUCCCUGGAGCCAACACUUGACUGGCACUGGACCUGCGGAGGGCCACCCAUGCAGCGGUCACAUGUCCGGUCCGGGUGGAGGCAGGAGGCUCUCCCCUCCUCCCCUCCCUCUGCAUCUGUCGGGAGGGGGCUCUGCCCUCAGCAUCCUGCCAUCCUGGCCCCCCGUCCACCACUUCCCUCCCCGCUUCCUGGCUUAACCCCAGGGCCCACAGCCAGUUCUGCCCUCAGUCCCUUAAAGGGCCAGCCUGGGCCCCGUGGACACAGGUGAGACACCGUGACCAGGCCUAGUGUCCUGUUUCUGUGCCUUCCUGAGGUCUCUCCCCUACUGAGAUUAAAAGGGACAUAGCAGCUGUUUCAAACUGCUGUUGGCUGGGAGAGGGGCCCAGAUGACAUAGGAAGGGUGGCGUCUGGCUAUUCCUGGGCUUUCUGGGCUCCACGAAUAGCAGGGGGAGGCUCAGCGACCAGCUCCAGGGAGGCCGCCUCCCCGCCCCUCCUUGUCGGCCCCCGGGGCUGAGUGCUGUGGCCAGAGUAACCACCCAGCAGUGGUCUUGGCCUCUGAAGGGCCCUGCUUCUACCCCCACCCCCGUGGUCUGGAGAGAGGGGGACAGAGCAGAGGGCGCCUGUGUCCGUCCCUUAGGGCUGCCAUAACGAAGUCCCACAAACUAGGUGGCUUAGAAGGCACCAGGGAGGAUCUGAUUCAGGGUUCCCUGCACCUCUGGUAGUUUCUGGCUUGGGACAGCGCAGCUCCAGUCCUCACAAGGUGUUUUCCCUCUGUGUGUUCCUGUCCAAAGCCCCUCUUUUUAUACCAAUGUAAUCAUAGUGGAUUAGGGCCAACCUGAAUAACUUUAUUUUGGCUGGAUUAUCUGUAAAGACCCUAUUUCCAUAUAUGGUCAUGUUCACAUGUACUGGGGGUUAGGACUUCAACAUAUGAAUUUCUGGGCAGUGCCCCUGCCAGCCAUGUCCACCUCUCUGCUGGCCUGGUCCCUCCCAGGGCAGCCCCGUCACUCUUACUCGGGGCCUCAGGCAGGAGACCCUAUCCCGCCGCCGGGCUGCGGGACUUGGGUCUGGUGCUGGGAUCCUCCACCCAGUGAGGGCUGGACCAAGACUGUCCUGGCGUUGGAGGUGCUGAAGUACUGAAUGUGGGAUAGAUGGAGGUUUGUCUCCCUGGGUGCUGAACCAGAGGGGGCACCUCUCUGGGGGUCCAGGGUCCCCUGCAGCCUGAGCAGAGAGGAGCACAUGCAGCCCCAGGCCCCCGAAGGCAAAGGUCCCCUCUGUGUGCCUGUGGAGCCCUGAGGUUUUGCGGGGGCCGCAGCAGAGCCAGAUCCUGGUCAGCAGGGAUGAAGAGGACCCCGCAUGUAUCUUCAGUAUCCAGAGAGCGGAGGGGUGUAGAUGGAAAUGAGGCACAGGCGCCAUCCGCUCUAACCAAGGGUAAAAAUACCAGUGUGACUCCACUUCCUGGAGCCUGUGUAUAUGACAGCAGCUGCAUGGCCCCUGUGGCUUCACGUGGACUUGGGCCCCCAUGGGAUUCCACACCCGGGGACAGUGUUCGUUUGACUAACACACUCGGUCCUGGUGGCGCCUGAGUGAGGAGCUACUCAGAGGCCGGUGGUUGUAGGUGAGCCAUGCCCGCCCCUCAGGACACAGGCCUGGCAGUACCUGAGCCAGGUGCCUGCAUGUCGUGGGGCUCAGAAAAUGCUAAUUUCCACUUAUCCGACGAGACGACCCUUGGAAACUGCACGCUGAGAUCGCAACGUUUGAAAGACCCCGUGAGCCCUGGUGAGGGGUCGCUGAUCCCCAGGUGUCUAGGAAGGAGUCAGAGAAGGUGGCCUGGGACUCGAUGAGGAAGCUGCUGGUGGAGGAGCUGAGUGCACGGUGUGGCUGGAGCACAAAGGUCCAAAAUGUAGCUGGACCGGGGAACACCUUGGAGGCCAGGCCAGGGCAGGGUGAGGGGAGCAAACUCACCCUGCUCAGGGGAGGCUGCGGGACGCUUUCUCUUUCUUUGGCUUUUGAUGAGGUGAAGUUUACAUAGUACGAAAGUAACCAUUUUAAAGUGUACAAUUCAGUGACAUUUAGUACGUCUGUAAUAUUUGCAACUAUCACCUCUAUCUAGUUCCAAAACAUUUUCACCCUCCAAAGGGAAAUCCCCUGCCCCUUAAGCGGUCACUCUCCUCCCCACCCUCCCUCUGACCUCUCGCCACUACGAGUCCACUUUCUGUCUCUGGAUUUACCUACUGUGGAUAUUUCAUAUAAAUGGAGUCAUAUAAUGCAUGGCCUUUCGUGUUCGUUUUUUUCUCCUAGCAUAGUGUUUUUUUUUUAAAUAAAUUUAUUUAUUUUAUUUAUUUAUUAUUUUUGGCUGUGUUGGGUCUUUGUUGCUGCACGCGAGCUUUCUCUAGUUGCGGCAAGCGGGGGCUACUCUUUGUUGCUGCACGCUAUUGUAAUUUUUUUUUUUCAUUUCGAAUUCCAAUUUGUCCCCUACAUCAUUGCUGAUUGCCUUAGUCCAUCUGGGCUGCUAUCACAAACUACCACAGACGGGGUGGCUCAUAAGCAAUAGCAAUUUAUGUCUUCCAGUUCUGGAGGCCGAAAGUCUGAGAUCAGCUGCCAGCCUGGUAGGGUGAGGGCUCGCUUUCUGGUGGCAGACUUCUCCUUGUAUCUCACAUGGAGGAAAGGGGCUAGGGUCUCCUUUACAAGGGCACUAAUCCCAUUCCUGAGUAUUCCACCCUCAUGACCUAAUCACCUCCCAAAGGCUGCCCCUCCUACCACGAUCACAUGGAUGUUAGGAUUCCCACCUGUGGAUUUUGGGGGAACACAAACAUUCCAACCAUAGCACUGUGAUAUAGAAAAUCAGUUGACUUUGGUUGACCUUCUACUUUGCUUUUCCUUACCUGUAUAUUUUCUGAUCAAGGCACAGGACUGGUGGGCUCUACUUCACUUGGAAUUUCUAAAUUACGGCAUUGAAUAAUCAGAACACUGAAUUUCAGAGAUUCACCAGGACUGUUGGAGGGGAUGAACUGGCCACUGCUAAACUGUGAGUGGGGCGUGUUGGGCGCUGCAUCCCGGAGGACACAGCUGGGAUCGUGUUGGCAGCCCUGAGUUCGCACUGGGGAUGUGUGGUGUCCUCCCAGGGAUGUUAGUCUUCUUCUAUGUUAGUCUUCUCUUGGACUCUGCCACAUUGUGUACCUCUGUUUCUCCUGGAGUAUUUCAGCAGGACUUAUUUCAUAAAAGCAUCCCUGCAUGAAGGCUUUGGGCACUCUUACUCAUGGCACCCUGUGGUUCUUAAAGAUUCAGGGCGUUACGGAGAGAAGUCCCUGCAGAGAAAGAGGAGAAACUCUUGGGCCAUGGGGAUGGCAGUCCUGCGUCCACCUGAGGGCCAGAUGCCCCUGUAUUCUUGCCCUCAAGAGUGUUAUAAUGGUCCUUUUUUGUUACAGUGUUAACACAGUUGAAAAAAUAAAUUGACAUGCUGAA